GAGCGGGGUCCUGCCUCUGUAGUAUCGCCGUCUCCUCACGGCCUAACCAGUAUGGCGGUGACACGAAAGCGAAUAUUUCAAGACUCUUGUCUGUUUAGAGAUGCAGAUGGUAUCAGUCUCGCUUGUGUAAAACCUCGAAAAAACCGACAGUUAAAGUUAUCAAGGACCCAACAUGAAGUUUCGUGAUGGCAUGUGGUUGACGGCGGAGGGCAUGAGAGUCGAGUACGCCGAAGAUGUGUAUAACAUCACACAGACAGAAAAGUGGCUGAGCCUACUAUGCCCCAACCGUAAAAUCUUCAGCAGAGGCGACACGCUAAAUCAGAGCACUAUAACCAUCGAUAUAGAAGCAGCAUCUGAUGGGAUUAUAUCUGUUGAGACGACUCACUGGGCGGGCGCAGCCAACAAAGGCCCUCACUUCGAUCUCUUUCCUGACGGGCAGCCGAAGAUCGAGCCCCAAAUCAGCAAAAGCGAUAAAGGGACCACGCUGAGUGCUGGCGCACUAUCAGCAACAAUUCACCCGGACCAGCACACAUUCGACAUACGCUUCCACAGCACAGAUGGAUCAAAGCGCCUGACAUCUCUGCUCAACCGCAGCGUCGGCCUAGCGUACAGCCCAGCGCCCAGCAGCCCCAUGCAAACAGGGGACAUGCGCGACUUCAAGCACUACAUGUUCACACAGACGACGCUUGGCAUCGGCGAGACAGUGCACGGCCUAGGCGAGCGCUUCGGCGCCUUCAACAAAGUCGGGCAAUCGAUCGCGCUCUGGAACGCGGACGGUGGCACCUCGAGCGACCAAGCGUACAAAAACGUGUCGUUCUGGCUAAGCUCGCGAGGCUACGGCGUCUUCAUCGACACGCCCGGGAAAGUAGAGCUCGAGAUCGGCAGCGAGCGGUGCAGCCGCGUGCAGACGAGCGUCGAGGGCCAGCGGCUGAAGUGGUACAUCAUCUACGGGCCCACGCCCAAGGAGGUCCUACGGCGGUACGCCGUGCUCACGGGGAGACCGGGGCAAGUGCCGAGCUGGAGCUUUGGACUCUGGCUCAGCACGAGCUUCACUACGAAUUACGACGAGGCGACUGUGAACUCGUUCCUCGAGGGCAUGAAGGAGCGGGAUACGCAGGUCGAUGUCUUUCAUUACGACUGCUUCUGGAUGAAGGCCUUCACAUGGACGGACUUCGUCUUCGAUUCAGAGCGCUUCCCUGACCCCAAGGCGCAGAUCUCCCGACUGAAAGAGUCCGGUCUCGUCAAGAAGGUCUGCGUGUGGAUCAACCCGUACAUCGCACAGCAGGGCGCGGCCUUCAGGAACGCAGCUGAGAAAGGUUACUUAUUGAAGCGAAAAAACGGCGACGUCUGGCAGUGGGAUUUAUGGCAAGCUGGCAUGGGACUCGUCGAUUUCACAAAUCCCGAAGCUGCUAAGUGGUAUGUUAGCUGUCUUAAUGAGUUAUUCGACAAGGGCGUCGAUUGCAUUAAGACGGACUUUGGGGAGAGAAUCCCAACGCUGGAUGUCGAAUGGUAUGAUAAAUCGCUUGACCCGCAUAAGAUGCAUAAUUACUACGCUUUCCUAUAUAACAAGGUCGUCUACGAGGCUCUACAAGCACGAUAUGGCACAACUGAAGCAGUACUCUUCGCGCGUAGCGCGUGCGCCGGUACACAGCGUUUCCCGCUCGUCUGGGGCGGCGACUGCGAGUCCACGCCCGAAGCAAUGGCCGAAUCGGUGCGCGGCGGGCUAGGCCUUGGUCUCUGCGGGUUUGCCUUCUGGUCCAACGACAUUGGCGGCUUCGAAGGGUAUCCAGCGCCGUGGAUCUAUAAACGCUGGGUCGCUUUCGGAUUGUUGUGCUCGCAUAGUCGACUGCAUGGUAGCAGUUCGUACCGUGUGCCCUGGACUAUCGACAACGACGACAAGUCAGAAGAGGGCUGCUCGCGGACCCUGGCGAAGUGGACGGCGCUCAAAACAAGGCUCAUGCCGUAUCUGUAUGCGCAGGGUGCCAAAGCCAUCGAGAACGGUUGGCCGCUCUCGCUAAGGGCCAUGUGUCUCGAGUUCCCCGACGAUCAAACCGCGUGGUAUCUUGAUCGUCAGUUCAUGAUCGGCGACGCGCUACUUGCUGCGCCGAUAUUCGAGGAGUCGGGUGAAGUCGAGUUCUACCUACCGAAGGGUAAAUGGACCUCGUUCUUCACAAAUCAGGCCCGUGAGGGCCCCGGGUGGUUCAGGGAGAAGCAUGGAUUCAGUAGUCUGCCGCUCUAUGUGCGUGAGAACACGAUUCUCGUCCUCGGCAAAUUCGGCGUAAAAGGUGCCGUGUACGACUAUGCUGGAGAUGUCGAAGUUGUCCUCUACCAUGUCAAAGAGGGCGCGAGCGCCGAACUGCUAGAUAAUCAGGGGGGGAAACUGGGAACACUUAGGGUUGGCGCAGACGGUGAGCUGGAAGGGAAGGACUUGCUGAAGGGUUCAUACACUACGAGGGAGAAUGGUCGUGAGGUGGACGAGUCGUAUUCAUCAACCAUUGAGUGGCUAUGAGCAGAUAUCGACAUAUUAACUCACUCAUGUAAACUCAGAAAUGCAGCGUGGAAAAACAAAACAUGGUUCAAUUACGUUUAGCAUUUUUUAAAUUUAAACUAUCUUGCUAAGUGGCUA